CGGCAGGUCAUUCCGCCGCCCUAUCGGUAGGCCUUACCGCCGCCCUCCUUACUGCACGAGGGUAUCCGUGCGCCCACGCGUGGCUGGUUGCGUGGGUGGGUGUGCGUGUGGGUGUGCAUGUGCGUGUGCGUGUACUUGCGCGUGCGUGCGGGGGUGGGUGGGCGUGUGGGGUGCCACACACACAAUACACACACACACACACACACACAGAGAGAGAGAGAGAGAGAGAGAGAGAGAGAGAGAGAGAGCGGGGGGGGGGGGGGAACAUGAGCAGUGUGCUGUUCUAACUUGAUGUUGGAAGCCGCCAAAAGUCUCUGUUUUUCGUCGAAGGAGUGGUUAACAGCUCCGCGCGAAAGAGGGCACGUUUCCUACGAGAUUGUUGAUUAGCAGCGGCAGCAAGAGAAGUACGCGAAACAGAGACAGAAAAAGGCACAGAUGGAGUGUGCCGUGCGCCCCACUCAUCUUCCAGCUCUGGCAAGCAACCUUAGCUGGAGGCAGCAAACGACUGCUCAGAGUGUGUCAGACACGAUCUUCAGCGCUCGCGUUCAGUCAUGCCCUGUCAGCAGCAGCAGUGGUGGUGGUGGUCCCAGCACUUCCCGCACAGCUGGCUGCACUGUGAAUGCCAAUGGGAGAUGGAGAGGGAGAGAGAAUUGGAACUCUGCUGCGGCGAAGGCGGUCGCAUCUUGUUGCCAGCAGCGGCGGUCAUUCGCCGUCCGUCUGUCUAUGUUUCCUAAUCGAGAAGAGGAUUGUACCAUCGCCGCCCGUCUGUCUAUGUUUCCUAAUCGAGAAGAGGAUUGUACGAGUUUGGGUUUGGUGUGUCGUACACAACGUUUGGCUAGGCAUCAGUGGAGAACAACACAGUUUUGCAGUGCUGCUGCAGCGAAGCUGAUGAGCCACAGCGCUGGCCCGAAGCUAAGCUAUGGUGCUGCCGCGAAGCUGAGCUACGGUGCUGCCCCGGAGCUGAGCCACAGCUUGGGGGUGGCCGUUGGGGAGAGAUGGAUACAGAGCAAGGGCAGCAGCGGUUGCAAUGACCGAUCCUCGGCAACUUCAAGGGUAUUGUCCGCUGCAAAGAGGGGUUCAGCCUUGCAGCCACGACUGGAUCCGUCUUUGAAGUUAGGACGCUCUUAUGCGCCUGCCAAAGCCAUCAACGGCGAUGAAGAGGAGGAAGAAUAUGAAAUCGACGAGGAGGAACUAGAGAGAGAGGGGGAAGCUCCUUUUGUACCCCCUACUGGGGGGGUUUAUGGAAGGCCAUCCGUUGAGAAGUUGUUCAAUCUGGAAGUGGAGAGGCCAUCGGAGGAGAGAUUGGAAGAGCUGCAUGUGUCAAAAUGGUCCAAAUGGGAAAGUGGCAGGACGUUUUGGGCAUGGGAGUGGAAAGUAGAUGAACUGUGCUUUAUUGAGAAGGGGGAGUUGGAGAUCACACCCAGAGAGUCGACCCGAAGUGCUGUCUUUAAAGCCGGGGAUCUAGUGACCUUCCCCAAGUGGCUUAGAGCUCGCUGCGAAGUGCGCGAGCCACUGGAAAUGCGCUAUAGAUUCAGAGCCAUUGGUGAUGCUGUUGGAAUAGAGUCAUAACCUCUCUCUCUCUCUCUCUCUCUCUCACACACACACACACACACACACACACACGCACACACACAAACACACACGUGUUCCUGGUAGCUUGCAGUUGGCUGCGUUUGCUUCUUAGUGGCACGGAUAAAUUAGCGGGUACAAUUUUUGUGUUGAGAGUGAGGUGGAAUUGUUCGAGGUGGUAAUUUCAGAUUUGUUGUUUUUCGAGCGGAAGGCCGACCGAAAGUGUAACAUUCUGGGGGCUAGGUCCCACUUACACGAAAGGCCGAAAUCUCCUAAUUUGCGCAAGUGGGACCCUGCCCCGGGUUCUUUGGAGGCUUGGGGUUACGGGACCCCAAAAUGGCUGGCGGCGCCAGCCAAAAGAAAAAGAUGAAAAAAAAACGAACACUGCGCUGGCUCUUGAGCAAAGUUUUAUGCGCACCGCAAAAAGGUGCAGGAGGUCGUGGUGGUUUAAACUUUAAACCACCAGUACGUCAGAGGCACUCUUUUCUCUGAGCCCUGCGAGCCUAAAAAAAUUGAACCGGCGCGUUCUUCUUUUGGCUGGUGCCGCCAGCCAUUUUGCUCCGGAGGCCCAACCCCUCACCCCCCCCCCAAAAAAAAAUGAAAUAAAAAAUUGGCUGGUGCCGCCAGCCAUUUUGCUCUGGAGGCCUAAACCCGAAAGUUGCGCCCCAUAUAGCCGCGACGGAUGUAUGGGCCAAGUGCUGGUGGUGUAUCCCUUUUCAUGAGAUCUUUGCAAGGAGGCACAGAAAUUGCUUGCUGUUAGUGUGAUUCCCAUGGGCUGUCAUUCUGGAGCACAGCCAUAGGUUUGCAGGGUGCUUUCAGCAGUGCAGUGGUGCCAUCCCGGUUCGGCAUUUUGAUCGGAUGUCAUAGGGUGGUGGUCCUGGAGGGGCUCAGAGAUCUUUCCCUGGGGGUGGAAUUCCUAUGGGCGGUGUUUUUCAGGGCACAUCGUGUGGUCGCGCCAAGGGUUAUUCGAGAGUGCUUUAGCCGGUAGAGCUAUUGUGGGCAUGCAAAGUGUUUGUGUUUGUGGCUGGUGACGGUUCCGACCUGUCCUUUUGUGAGACUUGCUUUCAAGAAGGAUGGAUGGUUGAGUUGGUUGCGACGACAUUUUUUGUAAAUUGGGACUUCGGUGGGUGGACUCAGAAAAAACUGUGUUUUUUUUUUGACUGCUUAGUGAUAUUCCCACGGCCACAGCCUGUC